AUGUCUGCCGUAUUGCUCAGCUUGAGAGAUCUACUAUUCGAAGGAAUCUAUUGUGAGCAGAAAGAUACGCAGGAAAGGGAAGCUGUUGUUGAGGCACCUGCAGAUAUCAAGACUCCGUUUGGUCCUGCAAUUAAUACACCAGUCAUUGCUUCCUUAAAAGAGGGUUGA